AUGUGGACCUUGAACAGUAAGCAGCCAACAAAGCGUUUCUCCCUUCGCCAUGGCGCCUCGACAUUGGAGAUUAAGGCCUACGUGAUGGACUUAUUUUACGAGCUUGAAACCACGCGGCUCGCUGGCUUCCCGCUCUCCGCCGGUGGGUGGCGGCGCCGGACUGCCGGUGCGCUUCGGCUGCAGGACUGCUACAAGAUUGGGCGGGAGCUGGGGCGCGGGCAUUUCGGCGUCGUGCGCGAGUGCGCGGAUGCGCGCACGGGGGAGCUGUUCGCGUGCAAGUCCAUUCUCAAGGACAAAAUUCAGCGACCCGAGGAUCUCAAGGAGCUCCGCGCGGAGGUGCUCGUUCCGCUGCUGCUGCAGCCGGAAGCGGCGGGGACGGCGGCGGCGGCGGAGGAGAAAGGCUCAUCUGGUGCGCGCGUGCCGAAUGAGGCGGGCAUCGUGCGCCUGUUCGAGGUUGUGGAGGACGAGUCCGCGCUGCACCUCAUCGUGGAGCACUGCGCGAGGGGGGAUCUCUUCGACCACGUCGCGCGCAACAAGCGCCUGGCGGAGCGCGAGGCCGCGGAGAUCUUCCGUCAGGUCGUCUCCGCUGUGCUGCGCAUGCACACGCGCGGAAUCGUUCACCGCGACCUCAAGCCCGAGAACAUCCUCCUCCUCCGCGCGCCCUCCGCCAGCUGCGCGUCCGCCACUCUAGCCAGCGCAGCUGUCGACGCUCGCGCCGACGCGACUUCCGCGGAAUGUUGCGUGGAGGUGCGCGUGGGGGACUUCGGGUUGGCGCAGCAGCUGACCCGCGCGCGGCCUCGGUUGCGCGGACUGGCGGGGAGCCCGUUUUACAUGGCGCCGGAGAUUGUGCGCGGAAAGGAAUACGGUGCGGAGGUCGACGUUUGGAGCCUCGGUGUUGUUUUGUACACCUGCCUGUCCGGCAUUCUUCCGUUUUACGGUCAAAACCACAACAAAAUUUUCGCUGCUGCAUGUCGCGGGGAUCCCGAUAUGAGCAAGCAUCCGUGGUCGUCGAUUUCAACGGAAGCGAAGCACCUUGUGAGGACAUGGGGCAACACCCCGUUGGCUCAGGUCGACCCGGAGAUGUUCGAGCUGAUCGAGAAGGAGAAGAAGCGCCAGUGGCGCGGGAUCGAGCUCAUCGCGUCGGAAAAUUUCACCUCGCAGGCCGUGCUCGAGGCGCUGGGCAGCCCGCUGACGAAUAAAUACUCCGAAGGCAUGCCCGGAGCGCGAUACUAUGGCGGGAACGAGUACAUCGACGAGAUCGAGAAUCUUUGCCGGAAGCGCGCGCUUGAAGCGUUCCAUCUCGACCCCGCGAAAUGGGGAGUCAACGUCCAGCCGUAUUCGGGCAGCCCGGCAAAUUUCGCGGCGUACACGGCUAUCCUACAGCCGCACGAUCGCGUGAUGGGCCUGGAUCUGCCCUCCGGUGGGCACCUGACGCACGGAUACUAUAUGGCAAACGGGAAGCGUAUAUCGGGGACUUCGAUCUACUUUGAAUCCCUGCCGUACAAGGUCGAUCCGGAGACGGGCAUCGUGGAUUACGCGAAGCUUGAGGAGAAAGCCAUCGAUUUCCGACCGAAGAUGAUUAUUUGCGGCGGGAGCGCGUACCCUCGCGAGUGGGAUUACGCGCGAUUCCGUGAGAUUGCGGACAAAGUCGGCGCGACGCUCUUGUGCGACAUGGCGCACAUCAGCGGACUGGUGGCGUCUCAGGAAGCUGCGAACCCCUUCGACUACUGCGAUCUCGUCACAACCACCACGCACAAGAGCCUGCGCGGCCCGCGCGCGGGGAUGAUCUUCUUCCGCCGCGGCCCCAAGUCCACUCCGCAAGCCAAUGGCGCUGCGUCCCCGGCGGGGAAAGCGGCCGCGCCCCCGAGCAAGGCGGGCGCGAAGACGGCGGCGGCGGACGACGGGAUGUACCAUUUUGAGGAGCGCGUAAACUUCGCGGUGUUCCCGACGCUGCAGGGCGGGCCGCACAACCACCAGAUUGGCGCUCUUGCUGUGGCGCUGAAGCAGGCGUCGACUCCCGCGUUCAAGGCGUACGCGCAGCAGGUGAAGGCCAACGCCCGUGUGCUGGGGGAAGCACUAGUGGCGAAGGGUUACAAGCUGGUAACUGGUGGCACCGACAACCACCUGCUGCUGUGGGACCUUCGCCCAUUGGGCCUCACUGGCAACAAGUUGGAGAAGGUGUGUGACGUGGCACACAUCACACUCAACAAGAACUCCGUCUUUGGUGACAGCAAUGCCUUGGCACCUGGCGGUGUCAGAAUAGGCACCCCCGCCAUGACCUCUCGGGGCCUUGUCGAGAAAGACUUUGAGAAGGUGGGCGAGUUUCUGGACAGAGCCGUCAAGAUCAGCCUGGACAUUCAGAAGGAGAAGGGGAAGCUUCUGCGCGACUUUCUCAAGGACCUGGAGCAAAACAAAGAGUUGCAGGCACUGAGGGAGGAGGUGGAGGCGUUCAGCGCUGGGUUUGAAAUGCCGGGAUUCGAUGUUGCUGACAUUAAGGUGUAA